GCGCUCGUGCGGCGUUCAAUGGAACAGCUUGGUAAUCGCGCGCGUCCGUUUCCCAUAAAUUGUGAUUCAUAUUAAUUGCGCGAGAGAGGACGAGGAGAUGUGUUUUGUGGCCAAAUGCUAAGCCAUGUCAUGAUGAAAGACUUUUCCUUGAACCAGACACCUGAAACCUCUGAGUCAUACUGCAUCACUAAUCCUGUUUUAGAACUUGCUGGUGCAAGUAUGUGCAACCAUGACUUUCAGAUGCGAACCUCCCCAUAACGAGGAAAGGAUAUUUAAAGUCACGAUUUCUGAAGUCGCAGACCCUCUAUUUCUCAUCUCUGUGGUUAACCGUGCAUCUCCUUGCCUGUGGGGGUCUCCAUGUAAUCUAAUUAGAAGGGAGAUGUGUGUGUGUGUGUGUGCACGCAGUGAGGUGAAACUGAACAGGAUGGGACAAGCUGUUUAAACAGCCUACAGAGGAGGAAAGCUCAUCUUGCUCAGCUAGUACUUUCCCCAAAAACGCCUUGAACUUCCACUGUAGGUUUAACCAGGGGUUACAUGUUCAGCCCCAGCUACAUCAGUCAAUGUACCGGAGUCAUGCUAAUGAAAGGAGAAGUGAGGCCAGGUGUCAGACUAGCUCAGGCUGGAACUAUUGAUGGACCCAGAGCUCACUGUAAAGUGGAAAGAAGUCACUGACUGACUGCGCAGAGACUGCUCGCCCGCUAUCUCCCCUCCCUCCCUUUUAAACCCAGACAGCCUCUAUGCUCAUCAACCUGACUGUGGCCAUCAAGGAAUCUCGUGCCUUUCAUGGAACACAGCCUGCCCUUCCCGCCCGUGCCCCUGACACUGUGGAAGUGACAGCCAUGGAGCCGCGUCCAGUGCUGGUCGCUCCUCCACCGCCUCCCCUAGCACCUCCACCACCUCCGCCUCCGCCUCCUCCUCCGCCCCCACCUCUGCCUGGGUCCUCUUCGCCUUUUAGCCGGGCGGACAGUGCCCGUCGGAGUCGGCUGAGGAAGCUGAACUGGGAGCGCAUCCCCAAAGAGAAGGUUGAAGGGAGGAAGAGUGUGUGGAACGGGGCGGCCUCGGGCGAGGAUGAGUUCCCCAUAGACCUCCAUUCUCUGGAUGAGCUGUUUGGUCAGAGGGACAAUAAGCCUCAGGACAGAACCGGCACCCUGAGACGGCGGUCCGCUCUGCUGCGCUGCAGAUCCCCCCAGGACAGCUCGGAAGAGAUCUCCCUGUUGGACUCCAAACGCAGUAUGAACAUUGGAAUAUUUCUACGCCAGUUCAAGAUGCCUGCUAAGGAGAUAGUUGAGGAUAUCAGGCACGGUGCUGGGGGCCGUUACGGAGUAGAGAAGCUCACAGAGCUCUGCAAAUUGCUGCCUGACAAUGACGAGGAGUCCCGCCUGAGGAGGUUCAGUGGGGAGCGGAGCUGGCUUGGAGAGCCUGAUCUUUUCCUGCUGCUGUUGGUGGAAGUCCCCAGUUUUCGGCUGCGUCUGGAUGCCAUGAUCCUGCAACAAGAGUUUGACCCCGCUGUGACCUCUCUCUGUGUGGCAGCCAGAUGUCUGAGGGAGGCGGCCAGAGAACUGCUGAGCUGUCCUGAAUUACACUCCAUCCUUCGCUUGGUGCUGAAAGCAGGCAACUAUAUGAACGCUGGUGGAUAUGCAGGGAACGCCGCUGGUUUCCGAAUUUCAUCGCUGCUCAAACUGGCUGACACCAAAGCCAACAAGCCGGGCAUGAAUCUGCUGCAUUUUGUAGCUAUGGAAGCUGUGAAAAAGGACCAGAGUUUACUGUCAUUUCCCAGCCAAAUAGGCCAUGUUGGCUCCGCCUCCAGGUUGAGUGAGGAGUCUGUGCUGGAAGACUUAUUCAAGUUAAAGAGCAGAGUGGUGGCACUCAAGGCAAACAUCCAUAAUGAGGCAGAGAUUCAGCAGCAUACACAAGCUUUCCUAGAGGUGGCUGAGGAGCGUCUGAAGGAGGCAGAGGAUGAGGUGGAGGGCAUGAGGAUGUCUAGUCAGGCUCUAGUGGAGUUCUUCUGUGAAGAUGACAGCACCUUCAAACUAGAGGAGGCUUGCAGGGUCUUCCAUUCGUUUUGCCUCCGCUUCCAAAGAGCUGUCCAGGAGAAUGCAGAGCGGGAGCUGAAGGAACAGAAACGUCUGGAGCGUCAGCGUGAGAUGGGGGAAAAGCGCCGCUCUCUGGCUGUUUGUACGGGGCUGGACCUGGGCCUCAGCCUUGCCAGAGAGCCUCAGAGUCAGGAGAACCCAGAUGAGCUUGAGAAACUGCUGGAGAAGAACUUGAGCUACACUUGGAGUCGACGAAGCCUAAGAGCCUCUGAGUCCCGCCGGCACUCGCAUUACUUCCACAACGACACCCAUCUCCACAACUCCUCCAUGUUUAAAAACUACCCUGAGCUGGGCAGCAGUCCCACGUCCGCCAGUUAUCACUCCAACAGCUCCUCUGACCAUGAGACCACCGCUGUGCUUUGUAGCUCCCCAGAGACUGAUGGCACGUGUUCCCCUAUCGACCAAGAACCUGUUUUGGGUGGAGGGAGCAGGUCUCAGCAUAGCCGAGCAACUAACCGGAGCAGGGAAGCAGUUCAGGACUCGCACGUUUCCAUAUUUAGUCACUCUCAGCAUGGACGUGGCUUCCCAGUCAAGCAGAAAGGGCCUGAGAGCAUUUCGUAUGUGCUGCACGGCCAGUCGAAGACAACAGGACUAGAAAAAAAAUCUGAGAUUUUACAUGAACGCGUGGUUUCCAGGACCACUGAAUCUUCACCCAGUUCCUGCACAAACUCUGCUGCUAUGCCCACAGAUAAAACUGCCCUUGGUGUUAAAAACCAGACCCCCACUCACAGGCAUAGGUUUGGCCUGCCAGUGACAGACAAUACAAGGCCUGUUCAGAGUAGCUCGAACGGUUCUCGUGUUGAUGAGUCUGUAUCUCGCUCUCUUCAAACAAGUGGAAUACUUUCUCACAGUGACACCAGGACUGGGUCAUUAAGGUACCAGAGAUCUGAUAGCCAAUCACAAUCAUCUGUAAAUGCUACAGAGAGUGUCCUGUCACAUCCACAGGCGAGAGAGACACCCACCGUGACAACAAGUGGUGCGAUGCCCUCGCCUGAUGAGGGCUUAACAAAGCACACUAACACAGAAGUGGCAUCCACACCUGCGGAGAAGAACUGGAUGCCCUCCAGUCUACCAGAGUUCAGCCAAUCACAGCGAGAGGAGUACUCCGAUUUGCCGAGUUCUGAGGGGGAGACGCAAAGGCCUUACUCCCGUGUUGGUGAAACACUGGAGUGCCACACUCUGGUGAAAGGCCUCAGAUCCUAUGAUGCCUUGUCACCCCCAACCUCCCCACUCCCCCGACCCGCACCGAGCCUCUGUUCCAAAUGGAGGAAAGAAAGGGAGGGUGACCUCCGAGCGGGGACAACUCCAGUGUCGCCUACAUCAAAGGAGGAGAGUCGAACCAUGAAGAUCCCUGUGCGUAGUGGAAUAGGGGCCAAAAGGGGACUUGUGUCACGUGCGGGACAUUCAAAUAGCACAGGCAUUCCCAGGGUGCGCUCCAAAACGGAGCCUUCAAAUGGAGCCCCAACCCCCGCUAACCCACCCACUCCCAGCCGUCUGUCUAGUCCUCGCAGCACAUCCAUGCGCUCCACUCCUAUCACACAGCCUGCCGCUGUUCAGACAGAGGUGAAACGCAGUAAUAGCACACGGGAGAGGACUGUAAGUGAGCCACAGACUUCAGGGAAGCCCUCCUUAACCCGCAGGACCUCCGACAGAUCCGUACCAGAGAAGGUCUCGGGCAUCACCCAGCCAGCCUUCGUCAGAGGAACUCCUCUCCGUGUGUCAAAACGACUCGCCCCGAACUCUGAGACUCAGGUGCCCUCCCCGCCUCGCACUGCCCACAGCCCGUCCUCCGCCACCGCCAAGACCAUACGCACGGCUGUCAUAUCUGCUGCCCGAAAUAAAACCGCCAAGACAACAAGCACAAGCACCUCUGUGGUUAGCUCUAAAGCUCCUAUAGCUUCACGGAUACCUGGUCCCAAAAUCCCCCGAGCCACUGCAGCUCCGCCAAUGUGGAAGUGAUGGGAGUGAAUAAGUGCUUGCACUUUCACACUUUUCAUGCCUUUUAUGGAUUUUAGUCUAAUGUCAACAGUGUGGGUAUUCAUUAAGAGUGUGAGUCAUCAGUCAGAUUUUUGGUCUUAAUCAGCUCUAGGUCAACUUUUAUGAAAUUUGUAUGUAGUUGUGAAUGCUUAGCCUCUAUAUAUGUGAGAGGGAGCUGCACUGGGAGUAUCGGGGACAAUUUAUCUCAUGUGUUUCAUCCAAUAGCAGAAUAAAUCCUACCUCUUUGUACACCCAUUUGUGUCCUUUGCAGGCAAUAGGACACCACAAGACCACGCAUCUUACUACUACUAUUCAUAUAUAGAACAGCAGUAAAACAGUCAGUAGAACACCACCAAGUGACAUGACUCCUAGUUACGACUUCUCCUAGUCUGUGCCAAGUGUGCUUUGAAAAAAAUUGUAAAAUAGUUUUGUCCAAAUGUUUUCCACACUUGGCUGUCUUACAGUCCGAACUGAACUCGGUACAAUAUUGAACUGUUUAUCCUCUUGUUGAGAGGCCUCAUUGUUCUGAUGCACUUUACAAACUGAAGAAUAGGUCGCAAGGAGAUGAUUACUGUAACUGUUUUGUCAUUUUUUGUAUCAAAAGAUUCUAUAACUUUAUUGAAUAGCAUUGGUUGUUAUUCACUGUAUUAUGUGGAUUUAUAAUAAAUAAAAAAAAGACUGGAUGAAUAAA